AUGAAUCCUAAUUCCAAGUUUCAUCCGAAGUAUCGAUCAUCCACAGGAUCGACAUCUCUUAUGAACGAAAUGGAGCCAGAUUUUGAACGUGUUGUCAGUGGUCUAUCAGAUACUACAGCUGCAUCAACAGUGGCGCCGAUUACGACCAAACAGUUGAUAACGCAAACAGUUAGUGGCGAAGAUGCAUAUGAUGUAAUUACUGCUAGUCCUUCAGGUUCCUCUGACGGAAGCAGCAAUGAGUUCGUGAAGGUGGAACACAGCGAUCUGCAACAAAGUGCUGAAUUAGUCACUGAGCCAUUGUCAUUCAGAAUGUUGCAAAUGCAUAAUGACAGUGAUGAUGAGAAGAGAAGAACAGAUCGGAAAUAUCCUGUUGACAAAACUCUGAAUACGCUGAUGUUCUCCUUCCCUUUUUUUAUCCUCCCUCCUCGCGAUGUCUGUACGUCGUACUCGAAUCUAUGA